CAUGUUGGAACACAUUCCCAGACUGAUGAACAGCAUCCGUAUGAUCCACAGCAUCUCCCAGUACUACAAUACCUCAGAGAGAAUGACCUCUCUCUUUGUCAAGGUCACCAACCAGAUGAUUACAACCUGCAAGGCCUACCUAUGCCAGGAUGUGGCCAAGGUCUGGGAUCAUGACAGAAAUGAGAUGUUGAGGAGGAUCAGAGAAUGCACACAGCUCAACCAGGAGUAUCAGCUGUGCUUCCAGAGGGUGCGAGAGAAGCUUCGGGACAACCCCAACGACAAGCAGUUUGAGUUCAGUGAGAAUUACAUCUUCGGCAAAUUCGACACAUUCUGCAAGCGACUGGAGAAGAUUGCAGACAUGGCCUCCAUUUUGGAGGACCUCGCAUCUCUGCAACACAUGAAAGUGGAGGGGAUCGAGAAGAUCUUUGUUCGCUAUCAGACCAUUGUGACCACCACCAAGUCCAAGACCUACAAUGUGCUUGACCACCGCAAGUUGGAGUUUGACAGUGACUACACAGAGUUCAAGUUCCAGAUCCAAGGACUCUUCCAGUCUCUCCAGUCAUUGCUAGUGGCCUGGUUUGAGCAGUCACUAACCACUGAGCGAAUGCUUGACCUCCUCUCCAAGUUUGAGAAUGGCGUCGGUAAGCAGCUGGACCUCACAGACAAAUACAUGGCAGUACUGCAGCGCUAUAGCCGAGACCUGGAGCUUGUCAGGAAGCUCUAUCAAAAGCAGAAGGACAACCCUCCCAUUCCGCGAAACAUGCCUCCUGUUGCAGGGAAGAUUAUGUGGUCGCGGCAACUAUUCCGAAAGAUUGAGUUACCUAUGUCUAUCCUGAAAAACAAAAUGGACAUUCUAAAGACCCCUGAGAUGAGGAAGGUGAUCAGAAGCUAUAACAAGAUGGCCGCCGUUCUCCUUGAGUUCGAGCUCCUGUACCACAGAGGCUGGAGCCAAGCCGUGGAGAUGGGCCGUCACGGCCUGAAUGCAUCGCUGCUCAUCAGAGACCCAGAAACAAAGAAGAUAUAUGUUAAUCUUGACUCCUUGGUCCUGGAGGUUCUGCAUGAGGCUAAGUGCAUGCAUAAGCUUGGCAUCGCAGUCCCAACUGUGAUCCUGAAUAUGUGUGCCAAAGAAGUCGAGCUGAAGGCCCAGCAAAACAGGCUACAGGAAAUGCUGCAGGACUUUGAAGCAGUCUUAUCCAGGAUCCCUCCCAUCCUCUUCCCCCUGAUGCAGCCCUUCAUCAGACACGUGGAGAACUCUCUCUCCCCAGGGCUCACUACUCUCUCCUGGACAUCACUCAACACUGACAGAUUCAUAGAGAAUGUAUAUGGAGUACUGCAAGAACUGGAGCAAGUUGCAAAGGUUGCCAUGGAUACACUGGAGUGUCGCAUCGAGAGAAUCCUACAGGCCAUGUCGUCCACUGCCCUGCUGGUGCUGCCCGAGGAUAUGCCCGUUUCAUCCCAAAACUUUCAUAGCCAAGCUGAGGAUACUGUGAGGUCUGCUGGGAAGGCACUGAGCAUCCAAAGUAAACAAGUGGAAAUGUCUAUGUACGAGAUGACUGACGAGCUGAAAAAGAGGAUGACGCCAGCAGAAGUAGUCAACCUAAAGGGGUCUCUCCAGUGUCUGCACCCGGAUGCGAAACAGAAGACACGCUGCCAGUUGUGUCUAGCCUGUUGCUUUUACAACUUGAUGGCUCAGCUGUGCCAGAGGAACACAGAGGCCCUGGUCAAAGCUACAAGGUCAUCCCUUGAUUCUCUGAGGCGAAGGCUUCAUGUGGCGAGUUCCAAGUACCAGUCGUCCUCGUACCUGAGUCGACCACAGGUCCAGGUUCCUCUCUUCGAGGCCUCUAUUCAGCUGGCCAUUCCGAACAUCGUCCUCAAGCCCAGUCUAGAGGACAUCCAGAGUACUGUCAACAAAGUUGUGAGCAUUGUGCUGUCUAUGGCUACAGACAUCCCACUAUGGACAUUUUCCCAUCUACAUCACAAGCAGCUUCAGGCAGAGCAGGCUGCAGUCAGGGACGCUGGGGACGACGGCCCCCUGACCAAACAGCUGGUCCUCAAGCCCCUGGACCGGCAGCUGGCCGAGCACAAGGACGUCACCAAGGCCGUCAUCCAGCUGGGUUCCAUCGUGUCCUCCCUCAGGACCGAGGCCGGGGAUGUACUGCAGGAGUUCCAUCACUUCUCCACCCUGUGGAAUCAGGACCCAGAGGAAGAAGUGAAAACCUUCCUGGAGACCAGUCCAUCCCUCCCAGCGUUCAGCACUCAGAUUUCCUCCUACUCUAAAAUGGAAGCUCAGAUUGACAGUUUGCCAGCCUCCUGCACUGUGGGCUCAGUCCUGUUCCACACAGAACACCUUAAGCUCUCCCUGACCCAGGAGUGCCGUGCCUGGAAACGGGCCUUUGGAGCUGCGCUGAACAGCCAGGCCUCAGCCGACAUGGCCGACAUCUACUCCUUUGUGGACGGCCUGACCAAGAGGCUCCAGAGGCCUGUCGAAGACCUGGAGGACGUUAGGGGAGCCAUGGCCUCUCUCCGAGAGGUCAGAGAGGCAGAGAUCCGGAUAGACGCCACCAUCGGCCCCGUGGAGGAGUCGUUCGCCCUGCUCAACCGCCACGAGUUGAUCUUCAGCGACGGGAACGCAGAGAAGGUGGACGGGCUGACGUACGCCUGGAGGAACCUCAAUGCAAUGGUGAUGGAAACCCAAAACACCCUGGUGAAGAUUCAACCUGCCAUGAAGGCAGACCUACUGUCAGGGGUAGAGACCUUCCAGAACUCUGUCCAGACAUACUACUCAGAUUAUGACAAAAGUGGCCCUGGAGUGGAGGGGUUGACCCCAGAUGAAGCCAGCGACAGACUGCAGAGCUUCCAGGCCCAGUUCAAUGAGCUGUGGAGAAAAUAUGUUACCUACUCUGGAGGGGAGGAGCUAUUCGGCCUCUCAGUUAACGAAUAUCCCGAUCUUCAGAGAAUUAAAAGAGAGCUGGGUCUUUUGUCAAAACUUUACACGCUCUACAACUCUGUCACUGAAAGUGUGACUAGUUACUAUGAUAUCCAAUGGGCUGACCUAAACAUAGACAAGAUCAACAAUGAACUGCAGGAUUUCCAGAACAGAAUCCGGAAACUUCCCAAGGCGUUGAAGGAGUGGCAAGCUUUUAGUGACCUGAAGAAGACAAUCGAUGACUUCAACGAGACGUGCCCCCUACUUUACAUGAUGGCUAACAAGGCGAUGAUGUCCAGGCAUUGGAGCCGCCUGAGUGACCUCACAGGACACAUCUUCGAGGUGGAGUCGGAGAGCUUUGCCCUCAGAAACAUCAUGGAGGCACCACUGCUCAAAUACAAAGAGGAUAUUGAGGAUGUGUGCAUCAGCGCCGUGAAGGAGAGGGACAUUGAGGCCAAACUGAAAGACGUAGUGGCAGAGUGGAGCAGCCACACGCUCACCUUUGCCCCCUUCAGGAACCGGGGGGAACUGCUACUGAAGGGUACUGACACUGCAGAGAAGGUGGCCCUCAUGGAGGACAGUCUGAUGGUGCUGGCCUCGCUCAUGAGCAACCGGUAUAAUGCCCCAUUCAAGCCUUCCAUCCAGCAGUGGGUGCUGAAGCUGUCUAACACCACUGAGGUCAUAGAGAAAUGGUUGACGGUUCAGAACCUGUGGAUCUACCUGGAGGCCGUAUUUGUCGGAGGGGAUAUCGCUAAGCAGCUGCCCCAGGAAGCCAAGAGGUUCCAGAACAUCGACAAGUCCUGGCAGAAGAUCAUGCAGCGUGCCCACGAGGUGACAGGUGUGGUGCAGUGCUGUGUGGGGGACGAGACCCUCAGCCAGCUGUUGCCCCAUCUUCUGGAGCAGCUGGAGGUGUGUCAGAAGUCCCUGAGCGGGUACCUGGAGAAGAAGAGGCUUGUGUUCCCUCGGUUCUUCUUUGUCUCUGACCCUGCUCUACUGGAGAUCCUGGGACAGGCCUCAGACUCCCACACCAUACAGGCUCAUCUGCUGAGUCUUUUCGACAAUGUGAACUGUGUGGUUUUCCAUGAUAAGAACUAUGACCAGAUCCUAAGCUUCCAGUCCCAGGAAGGAGAGACAGUAGACUUGUCUGAACCUGUUUUGGCUCAGGGAAAUGUAGAAGCCUGGCUGGGGCUCUUGUUGGACAGAGUGAGGAAGACCAUCCAUGGCAUUAUCCGGCAGGCUCACAUGUCCAUCAGUGACGCAGGACUAAAGCUGGUGGAGUUCCAGUCUGUGUUCCCAGCCCAGGUGGGUCUGCUGGGCAUCCAGAUGAUCUGGACCAGGGAUGCAGAGGAAGCACUAGGGUUCAGCAAGGGAGACAAAAAGGUCAUGCAAACUACCAAUCAAAAGUUUGGGGAUAUCCUGAAUGAGCUGAUUGAUAUGACCACUCGAGACUUGACCAGGAAUGAACGCACCAAGUAUGAGACUCUGAUAACCAUCCAUGUGCAUCAGAAAGACAUAUUCGACGACCUGGUGCGAAUGAACAUCCGAUCGACAUUAGACUUUGAGUGGCAGAAGCAAUCCCGCUUCUACUUCAUCGAGGACAAGGACAGAUGUAUAAUCCAGAUCACUGAUGUGGAGUUUAGCUACUGCAAUGAGUAUCUGGGCUGUACCGACAGACUGGUCAUCACCCCUCUCACUGACAGGUGUUACAUCACCCUGUCCCAGGCCCUGGGUAUGAGUAUGGGCGGAGCCCCGGCAGGGCCGGCUGGUACAGGUAAGACCGAGACCACCAAAGACAUGGGCCGUUGCCUGGGGAAGUACGUUGUCGUCUUCAACUGCUCUGACCAGAUGGACUAUAGAGGGCUAGGACGAAUCUAUAAAGGUUUGGCUCAGUCAGGUGCAUGGGGCUGCUUUGAUGAGUUCAACCGCAUCGAGCUCCCUGUCCUGUCAGUAGCAGCCCAGCAGAUCUAUAUAGUGUUGCAGUGCAAAAAGAACAAGAAGACACAGUUUAUCUUCACGGAUGGCGACUUGGUGGAAAUGGACAGAGAGUUUGGCAUCUUCCUAACCAUGAACCCUGGAUAUGCUGGCCGCCAGGAGCUUCCGGAGAACCUGAAGAUCCAGUUCCGUACGGUGGCCAUGAUGGUUCCAGACAGAGCCAUCAUCAUGAGGGUGAAGCUAGCCAGUGCUGGUUUCCGUGACAACCAAGUCCUCAGCCGCAAGUUCUACACCCUGUACAAGCUGUGUGAAGAGCAGCUCUCCAAGCAGGUCCACUAUGACUUUGGGCUAAGGAACAUCUUGUCAGUGUUGAGGACACUGGGUUCAGUGAAGAGGUCCAACCCCACUGAGCCAGAGAAAACGGUAGUGAUGCGAGUGCUGCGCGACAUGAACCUCUCCAAACUGGUGGAUGAGGACGAGCCUCUGUUCAUGAGUCUGAUCAACGACCUCUUCCCUGGGAUCAUUCUGGACAAAGCAGGCUACCCCGACCUGGAGGCUGCCAUCCACUCCCAGACCCAGCAGGCUGGCCUCAUACCUCACCAGCCCUGGGUCCUCAAACUGGUUCAGCUCUACGAGACCCAGCGGGUUCGCCACGGUAUGAUGACACUAGGCCCCAGUGGAGCUGGAAAAACCACCUGCAUCCACACACUGAUGAGGGCCAUGUUAGAUUGUGGCACCCCUCACCGAGAGAUGAGGAUGAACCCCAAGGCCAUUACUGCCUCCCAGAUGUUUGGUACCCUGGAUGUAGCCACCAACGACUGGACUGAUGGGGUCUUCUCAACCCUGUGGAGGAAAACGCUUAAAGCCAAGAAGGGGGAGCACAUCUGGAUCGUGCUGGACGGCCCUGUGGACGCCAUCUGGAUUGAAAACCUCAACUCAGUCCUGGACGACAACAAGACCCUGACCCUGGCUAAUGGCGACCGCAUCCCUAUGGCGCCUAACUGUAAGGUGGUGUUUGAGCCCCACAACAUCGACAACGCCUCCCCGGCCACAGUGUCCCGCAACGGCAUGGUGUUCAUGAGCUCCUCUGUGCUGGACUGGAAGCCUAUCCUUCAGGCCUGGCUCCAGAGGGUGCCACCACAGCAGGCAGAGGUUCUCCUGGGCUGCUUCCAUAGUGUUUUCCAGGAUCUGAUCAACUUUGUCUUCACUGCUGUGUCUCCCAAAAUGCCCAUCCUGGAGUGUAUGUACAUCAAGCAGACCAUUGACCUUCUGCAGGGUCUACUUCCUGCAGUGGAGGAAAAGCAGUCUCAGGGGGAUGUAUCAAGGCUCUUUGUGUUUGCUGUCAUGUGGUCAGUGGGGGCUCUGCUGGAGCUGGAGGACAGAUCCAAGAUGGAGGCCUUCUUAGAGGCACACCCUGCCACUCUGGACCUGCCCCAGACCCAAGGAGACCAGACCAUCUUUGAGUUCAUGGUCAAUGAACGUGGCCAGUGGGAGCACUGGUCCAAGAAGGUGCCAGAGUACAAGUAUCCCACAGACUCUGUCCCGGACUACUCAUCUAUCCUGGUGCCCAACGUGGACAACGUGAGGACAGACUUCCUGAUGCAGACCAUCAUGAAACAAGGCAAAGCCGUGUUGCUCAUCGGGGAACAGGGGACUGCUAAGACUGUCAUGAUCAAGGGCUAUACUAGUAAGUUUGAUCCUGAAACUCAGCUGAGCAAGAGCUUAAACUUCUCCUCGGCCACCCUGCCCAGUAUGUUCCAGAGGACCAUAGAGAGCUACAUUGACAAGAGGAUGGGCUCCACCUACGGGCCGGCAGGCAAGAAGAUGACUGUGUUUGUGGAUGACAUCAACAUGCCCGUUAUCAACGAGUGGGGUGACCAGAUAACCAAUGAGAUAGUGCGUCAGCUGAUGGAGCAGGGUGGUUUCUACAGCCUGGAGAGACCAGGGGAGUUCACCAGUGUGGUAGAUGUCCAGCUAGUAGCGGCCAUGAUCCACCCCGGGGGUGGGCGCAACGACGUGCCUCAGCGCCUCAAGAGGCAGUUCAGCACCUUCAACUGCACUCUGCCCUCCAAUUCCUCCAUCGACAAGAUCUUUCGUACUGUGGCACAGGGCUACUUCUGCCCCGAGAGGGGCUUCCCUGAGGAGGUGUGCACCCUGGCCAGCGCCCUGGUGCCCACCACUAGGAGGGUGUGGCAAGCUGUCAAAGCCAAGAUGCUGCCCUCCCCAGCCAAGUUCCACUACAUCUUCAACCUACGAGACCUCAGUCGUAUCUGGCAGGGUAUUCUAACGGUGAGGACCGAGGUGUGCCAGGGGCCAGAGGUGCUGGCUUCACUCUUCCACCACGAGUGUACCCGGGUCAUUGCUGACCGUUUCGUUGACCACAAGGACAGACAGAGCUUUGACAGCAUGCUGGAGAAGGUUACAGUGGAGGAGCAUGGAACAGCCAUGAUAGAGCACCCCCAAUGGGAGGCCUACUUUGUGGACUUCCUGAAGGGCCCCGAGACCACAGGGGAGGAGCCGGAGGACAUGGAGCUGGAGGCCCCCAAGGUCUAUGAACCCAUCCCGUCCUUCCAGGCCCUGUCGGAGCGCCUCGCCACAUUCCAACUGCAGUACAACGAGGCAGUCAGAGGCAGUGCCAUGGACCUGGUCUUCUUCGAGGAUGCCAUGAUCCACCUGAUGAAGAUCAGUCGUGGCGUCCACCCUCAAGGGAACGCCCUCUUGGUGGGGGUGGGUGGCUCAGAGCAGAGCCUCACCCGCCUGGCCUCUUUCAUCGCUGGAUACCAGAGCUUUCAAAUCAUCCUGACCAGGACGUACAACACCAACAACCUCAUGGAGGACCUGAAGUCGUUGUACCGCAUCGCCGGACAAAAGGGCAAAGGGGUCACCUUCAUCUUCACCGACAACGACAUCAAGGAGGAGUCCUUCCUGGAGUACAUGAACAAUGUGCUGGCCUCGGGCGAAGUCUCCAACCUGUUCGCCCGUGACGAAGUCGAUGAAAUCACCCAGGACCUCAUCCCAGCCAUGAAACGCGAGCACCCUCGCCACCCACCUACCGCCGAAAACCUCUACGACUACUUCCUGUCGCGUGUGAGGAGCAACCUGCACGUGGUGUUGUGCUUCGCCGGUGGGGAGAAGUGAACAAGAGCCCUCAAGUUCCCAGGUCUGAUAUCGGGCUGUACUAUUGACUGGUUCCAGCGUUGGCCACGGGACGCACUAGUGGCAGUCGCACAUCACUUUCUGUCCCAGUAUACGUUCCAAUGCUCUGAGGAAGUUAAGCAGAGUGUAGUCCACACCAUGGGGACCUUUCAGGACCUGGUGGCUGAGAAGUGCACAGAGUACUUUGAACGGUUCCGCCGUCAGACCUACGUCACUCCCAGGUCCUACCUGUCCUUCAUCGACGGCUAUAAGAUCAUCUACUCAGAGAAGAUCGCUCAAGUGGGCAUGCUUGCUGAGCGCAUGAAAACAGGCCUGGCCAAGCUGAUGGAGGCAGAGCAAUCUGUGAGCCAGCUGUCCAAGGAGCUGGCUGUUAAGGAACAGGAGUUGGAGGUGGCCUCCAAGAAGGCUGAUGGCGUCUUGCAGGAGGUAACAGCCAAGGCCCAGGCGGCCGAGAAGGUCAAGAUGCAGGUUCAGAAAGUGAAGGACAAGGCUCAGGCCAUCGUGGACGAGAUUGAAGCCGAUAAGAAAGUGGCCGAGAGGAAGCUAGAGGCAGCCAAGCCUGCAUUAGCAGCCGCGGAGACCGCAUUGCAGACCAUCAAGCCCGCGGACAUCGCCACAGUGAGGAAACUGGGCAAGCCCCCACACCUGAUCAUGCGCAUCAUGGACGCCGUGCUGCUGCUGUUCCAGCGCAGGGUGGACCCUGUCACCCAGGACCCAGAGAGACUCCUGCCCCCGCCGUGGAGCGAGGCCCUCAAACUAAUGCAGCAGUCUGGCUUGGCCAGCAUGCUGGUCAACUUUAGUAAGGAUUCUAUCACUGAGGAGGUAGUGGAGCUGUUGGCACUGGACAUGGAGGACUACAACCUGGAGGCAGCCAAGAGGAUCUGUGGUAACGUGGCUGGCCUCUGCUCCUGGAGGGCUAUGAAGGACUUCUUUUCCAUUAACAAAGAGGUCCUCCCUUUGAAGGCCAACCUGACCCUGCAGGAGGCCCGCUUGGUGUGGCCCAGGGGAGUUGUCCUGGCCCAGGAGCAGCUAGACGCUAAGCAGCGGGAGCUGGAUGAGGUGCAGGCGCUCUAUGACGCCGCCAUGAGGGAGAAGCAGACCCUAAUGGACGACGCCACGGUCUGCCGACGCAAGAUGGCCAACGCCACCGCACUAAUCGACGGGCUUGGUGGUGAGAAGAUCCGCUGGACCGAGAGCAGCGCCCUGUUCCAGACUCAGAUCAGACACCUGGUUGGGGACGUGUUGCUGGCUACUGGCUUUCUGUCCUACGCUGGUCCCUUUAACCAGGAAUAUCGCAACCUACUGCUACAGCUCUGGAGAAAGGAGAUGAGCAGCCACCACAUCCCCUACAGUGAU